AUGAACAAAUUAGAUAUGAAUUUACCGGCUUUGGAUGUGGAUGUCUCUAUCCCAUGUCCAAAUGAUAAUGGUGGACAUAAUGGCCAUGGUCCUGGUCGUCGUCAUACUCCUCUUGGUGGUCGAGGUAGAGGUGGUCUUGCUCCUAGUCGUGGUCGUGGCUGGUAUGGUGGUCGAGGUAGAGGUGGUAUUGCUCCUAGCCGUGGUCAUGGCUGGUAUGGUGGUCGAGGUGGAAGUUUAUCUACUUUGAACAGACAGUGUCGCGGCGAACAAUUGCAUACCGUUCCAAUGAGAGUUGGUGAUGAUGACGUAGUCGAAGUUAUUAAUAUAUCGGAUAGUGACCCUGACAUUACUGAAGUUGGUGAGGAUGAUAUGCAAGUAGCGAAUGAUCUUAAUGGUGAUAUGCAUCAAAUUAGUGAAACUGGUUCCAAUUAA